AUGACAUUUUCCAGAGCUCGAGUAAUUUCUUCAUUUGAUUACAACCACAAUGGUGAACCACUACUUCAGACUAUGGUGGUUAUUAAAGACCUUGGUAUUUAUUUUGAUCCCAAACUUAAAUUUGACUGUCAUAUUACCAACAUUGCUAACAGAUCAAAUAAAAUCCUUUAUUUUAUCCGUCGUAAUUGUGCUAAUUUUGAUGAUUCAUUAGCCUUAAAGUCCAUUUACUGUAGCUUGGUACGCUCUAUUUGUGAAAAUGGCUCAAUAAUAUGGUAUCCAUAUCAAUCGGGUCAUAAGAAAAUCAUUGAAAAAAUUCAACAAAAGUUCUUACGUUUUAUUUCAUUUAAAUGCUCCAUAGCCAGAGAACCCCAUUGUUCGCUCCGUGUGAUAACAGAAUUUCCGCCGUCGGUGGUCACGCUCGACCGACCGCCGCAGUAA